AUGAAGAAGAGAAGCAUCCAGACUGGAAAUGUGCGGGAAGUUAUAUCACAGCUUGAACAGCAGCCGCACGUCGUGAACAGCCCCAGGUAUGGAGGUCUGGCUCCCAUACAUUUCGUGUGCCAAAAGCGGAAUAUUCGCAUGCUCAGAGUCCUGCUCGACCAUGGGGCCAAGAUAGGAUCUUUGGACACCCUCGGCAACACUCCUUUGCACUUGGCUGUGAACGACGCCUGGCAUGAGGGCGUGUCGGAGCUGCUGAAGCGAGGGGCGUCUCCGAAUGCCAUGAGCGUCCCUCCCGCCACGAUUAAGGAGGUGGUCGUGGAGACGCCCCUUCACGCUGCGAUACGCCGUCGGGACAUGGCGUCAGUAACGCUCAUGAUGGACCUUGAACCCGACCUGAGCCUUUUGGAUGGGAAUAACUGCUCCAUGCUGCACUUGGCCGCCCAGACACGCAGUAUAGAGCUGGUGAAGAAGCUGGUGAGUGAACCAACAGUAGUCAAGGAAUGUAACAAUAAGGACAAAAACGGCCGGACGGUCCUCCAUGCCGCGCUCUCUGAAAAGUGUGAUGAAGAUGCCGAACUCCAGGUCAUCGAGUUGAUUAAGACCCUGUCCAGAUCCGUCGUAGAUAUCAAUGCUGCCAACUAUGUGGGGGAGACGCCUUUGUUCCUGGCCGCGCGCCACGGCCUGAGCGGAGUCGUCGAACUCCUCCUCUCUCUGGGAUCGGAUCCGACCAUCCUGACGACCUGGAGGCAAUCGGUCCUUCAUGCUGCCUGCCUCUCUGGCUCCUCGGACACGCUCGACAUUCUUCUGCAGAGGGGUGACUUGAAGAACAUGGUACUUGUGGUUGACAAUGAGAAAUGUAGAGCGUUUGACUAUGCGGUUAAAAGCUGGUCUGUCCGGUGUUGUUACCUGCUGUUAAUCAACGGAGAGCACCUCGGCAAUAUCAAGGACGGCGUGACGAAUUGCGAAUUGAUGCUCGAACAUCUUCCUUCGGCUUCGCAGGUCCUGAAAAAGCUAUUUGAUUCUCACGUCCAUCUGUCAGAAGAGUCUCAGCAUGAUCCAGACUUCAGCAUUACAUUCGAUUAUUCGGCUCUUCUGCCGGAGGAAAAGGGGACAAUUCAGUGUUCCGUAGUUUCAGAAUUAGUGCAUUCCCCGUUUGAAGAUCUGAUCAAACAUCCUCUUCUGGAAAGUUUCUUGUACGUCAAAUGGUGCCGCAUUCAGAAGUACUUUUACACUGGCGUCUUGUUAUACGGCAUCUUCCUAAUCCUUCACACCUCUUUCGUCAUGCUCACCUUCGGCAGUUCCCCGAUAGACUGGCACAACCACAUUAAUAUGCUGUGGACUUUCCGUGCUGGACACAUUUUAUUGUACGUUGCCCUUCUCCUCCCGAACGUUGUGAUGAUAAUUGCCAACUUUAGGAAAUAUAUCAAACAAGUGGAGACCCUAAUAAGAUUUGUGUCUUUUAUGAGUUCAGCCGUAGUAGUGUUUUCAUCAACUGUAGACUACAAAGCCUUGGAGGUGAUUGACAUUAGUAAAAAUAUGGCAUCCUUCAAUGCCACUUCAGCGCCUGCCUCUCCCUCCGGCCACCUACCAAUGACGGCAGAGAGGCAAAUGGCCGCAGUUUCGGUUUUCUUCGUGUGGGUUGAGUUCAUGAUGCUUCUUGGACGCUACCCGAUGCUCGGUUCUUACAUUCUGAUGUUCACUGGUGUGGCCAAGUCUAUGAUAAAGUUCCUGCUUUCUUUUGUAUUCGUUCUCUUUGGAUUUUCUUUUAGUUUCCAUGUCUUGUUUCAAGAGCUUCCGGUGUUUGAAACGUUUACUCUCUCCUUCGUUAAGACGUUGAUGAUGAUGAGUGGAGAGAUAGCAUACAGUGAGUUCAUUUUGGCAAUGGAUGUGCCUUUUAGCGGGCUGAUUUUCCUGUCCUUGUACUUAUUCAUGGUGGCUGUCCUGUUAGCCAACCUCUUCAUUGGUUUAGCUGUCAAUGACAUUCCGAGCCUGCAGAAGCAAGGCAGAAUCCACAGGUUGGCCAAACAGGCCUCGUAUCUCGUGGCGUACGAGAAGCUGCUCUUGGUGCUGAAGAGCUGGACGUCCUUUCCCCGCCCUCUUCUCCGUCUGGUAGCUGGCAGGAGCAGGAUCAAGCCGAAGGUCGAGGUCUUCCCCAACAGAAAGGAGACUAUUGUGACUCGCGAGAAUAUUCGAGAGGCCAUAAAACUCGGUCACUUAGAUAGUCCUACAGAAGAGACUUAUUCCUUUGAUGAUGACAGCGUUUCUAGCCCAUGCCUCAAGAGCGGCCAAAAGCAUCACGCAGAAGAGAUGAACGCAUUAAAAAAUAGAAUUGAUGAACUUGUUAAAUGUUGCAACAGUACACAGCAGCAACUGAAUCUUAUGCACCGGUUGUUGGAUACUCACACGACACAGAUAUCUCUGCAACUUCAGCAACAUCAACGAACUAUGCAGGAAAUGUAUGACCGGGCUUUUCGAGAAAACGGAACGCUCCAGUCUAAUGGCCCUCAGUAAAAGACAUUUACCAGUGCUUCUCAAAAUUCAGAUUACCAUGUGUUCUUGAGCCCUUUGUAUUUCUGUUAUGAUUUCUGUGUCAAACAUUCGUUAUCCCAACCACAAUCCACCAUAGCCAUCAGCAUCUCCCACCCGCUCACCACAGUCCCCACGACGGUUCCCGCCACCACUGAUAUCAUUACUGAAACAACCAUAGCCGCCGCCACCUCCAACACGGAAAUUAACACCAACGCCACCCUUAUCGUUCCCCUUAACGAGGUGCGCGUUCCCAGUCCAGGAAAGAUGUGAUUUGAAUUGUGAAAAACAUACUUGCGUCAUGCAAAAACUUUGAUUACUGAUGACUGAUUUAUUGUUAAAAAGAUUACUGAUUUAUCUUUCAUAAGAUUCUAAACUCACAGUAUUUUCUGUAGCAUAACAUGAUAAGUAAAAAUUACGCAGUACAAGCGUAACUUACUCUUAUGAAACUGAUAUUCUAGAAUAUUUUUAUAGUACUUUAGAAAUAUUUUAGGAUUGGUCGGAUAUAUAAUAGUUUUUAUGUUAAGGUAUACGAUAAA